GUGCGCAAGUGCUAGUGGCGGAUGAUGGCUAUUUUCUAAACAAACGAACUGAUAGAUUUGCUGCCACUCUUCGCGGCAGUAAACAGCUGUUUCUGCGUCUACUCAACUCUGAUGCAACGAAUUGCUUUGGGCUGCAUUAUUUAUAUCAUAGUACGGAAUGAUCCAUGAAUGGUUGAAGCCUACUUGAGAGAAAGAUGUCAAUAAUCUAAGAUCUCUGUUGGAGCAGAAGUCUAGCUCAUUGCUAUGAUGACACAGCUGGAUUGAGGAAAAUGGAUAGGAAUUGUAUGGCACAAAUUGCUGAUUUAGUUGACGUGUACAGUGCGGUUCAUGCACGUGCUUCUAGCGUUUUGAUGGAAGAACGUUCUGGUGUUCUGCACUUGCCUCAGUGGGCCAUCGAGGGCACUAGCAGUCGUUAUUGGAGUGAUUGCUUUAUUUCAGAACGGCAGAUACAGCCUUGGUGGAUGAUGGAUUUGAAUGAUGUUCGUUUAGUGACGAUAGUCAGAGUAACAACAAUGAGAGCAUCCUCCAAUUUACCCAACGUGAGAUUAGACGGAAUGAAUGGUUUGCAGGUAGUUAUUGCUAACACUUCCUUGUCUAAUGGCACUGAUGGUGUGAUGUGUGGCCGCCCUUGGAGAUAUGGUGGAAGAGACAUGGCGACAAUACGUUAUAACUGCAGAGGUGCUUUAGGAAGGUAUGUAUUCAUCAGGUUAGAUGUUGCAUCUCCUCAAUAUUUGGCCCUCUGUGAGGUGGUACUGACAAGAGAAAAAGGAAAAAAGGUGAUGAUGAACUUUAACAGCAUAAACGCUUCCCUAUCAGCAUUUCCACACGGAGAUGGCAGAGCAGCUCUGGCAAUAGAUGGUGUAAACAGAACUGAAGAAUUAUUUUGUGCUCACACAGAAUUGAAUCACAACGAGACAUCUUGGUUUCAACUGUUUCUGAGGCAUCCGUAUCUUGUGACCAAGGUUAAUGUUCUCAUGCCAACCACUAACAACAUAGGAGUAGAAGUGAGUGUAGGCAGUAGUCUCACCAGGCUUUCAGACUAUCACAAAUGUGUUGAAGCAAAGCAAAACAAUGGUUGGAAAACAUUUGUGUGUCGUGAGCCUUGGCUUGGUCACUACGUUGUCAUCAGCUCAACAUCUGCAGCUCGUCGUCUUUAUCUGUGUGAAGUGCAGGUGUUUUAUGAUCCAAUAUUGAAUAUCUAUUCAUCGGUGUCUAUCUCAGCCUCUAGCCAGCAGCAUUUGAUAAAUCCAGUGUGGAAAGCUCUAGAUGGAUCAGAGCGUGUGAACUCUGGGGAAUGUUAUCAAUCCAGUUAUGGAGCAGGAGCAUUCUGGGAAGUCACUCUUUCUGAAUUAACACUCAUUCACAUGGUCGAUGUCAUUUACAAGCCAUCCAGUUACAAGAGCAUGGACGGUAUGGCUGUCUAUGUUGGCAACAAAACAGACAAGACGGUAGGGGGCAUGAUUCAGUGUGGUUCAGCAUGGACAGCAAGACGAGACAACAAUGCCAGAUUUUAUUGUGUGGCACCAAUCAAGGGUAAAUCUGUGCACAUCACAGCCAGUAACACAACUAAAUCAAUGCUGACCUUGUGUGAAGUCAAAGUGUAUCGUCCAGAUUAUCCUCCUAAGUUUAUCAUUGAGCCAUCCAACAUAAGUCUUCAAUACCAUGAAGUUGGAUCACUGAUGUGCUCUGCAAUUGGCAGACCAUCUCCUAUAAUCAAAUGGCGUUGGGUGGGUGGACAAGACAUACACAACUCUAAGGUGUAUCAGAAUGGCAGUACAGUAGUGAGUGAAGUGCAAAUUUCUGGAUUAUGGGGAGGAGGACUUGUCGAGUGCUUUAUAGAGGAAGGAAUUAACAACUCGAUUUCUUCUGUAGCAUCAGUUAAAGUGGCCAGUCGUAUUGUUGUCAAACCUCACAAUCAUACAAUCUUGAAUUCUAAUACAAAAGAUAUUUCAUUGUUCUGUAAGGCCGUUGGUUACCCACAUCCUGUUGUUGUGUGGGUCAAACCAUCGGGGAGCGUCCAUUCAUCUCUGACUGUGAUGGAAAAGCAGAACAUGGCUAUGAGUGCUCUAGUUGUGGGAGGUGUUCAAGAGGCAGGGAAAUACACGUGCGUGGCUUUCAACGAGAUUGGUCGAGAUGCAGCACUUACAACAGUAUUUGCACAAGCACAAAUCUUGGCGUCACCUGUUGAAUGUCAACGUUUGUUUACGGGUAACAGGACGAAGACUCUUCAUUGUGCUGCUGUGGGGUAUCCAUUGCCAAGUUUGGUUUGGAUGAAGGAUGGUGUGGCAGUAGACUCAUUGCAGUACGACUUGUUUGGAGUGAGGAACGCAGUUGCAAAGAAUCUUACCUUGCAUGCUGUUUCGGUAUCAGACGCUGGGAUGUACACAUGUACUGCAAGCAAUGGCAUUGGACAGCCUGCUGUUGUGGUCUCAGUUGUGUUGGUGGAUGCUCGUCGGCCAUUUCCAAUUCAGCCAAAAAAUACUGUUGCUGCUGUGGGAGAAGAUGUGAAUUUGACAUGUCUGGUAACUGAUUUCACAUUCAAUUAUGACGUUGUGAGUUGGUGGAAAGGAUCAGUCCAACUUCCACAUUCAAUGUGCACUACAAGACAAAUCUGUGGAGGCAUUCAUAGCACACUAACGCUCAGAAACGUAGCAGGGUCAGAUGGCAGUAAUGAUUACCAUUGUAUAGCAGGAACCAGUUCUUUGCCAGAUCAAUUUGAAUCAAGACAUGCCGUUCUUUCAGUUCGCCCCUACUUUUUGGAAAAACCUAAGGAUGUCACAACUGCAUCUGGAGAGAGAUUGGAGUUGGUUUGUAGAGCUUGUGGUUACCCGAUUCCUACGAUUAUUUGGUCAUGGCAUCUUGGUGGUAUUGAUCAUAUCCUUUUUCCUACUGAAACUGUUCAUUCAACAAAUGAAACGAAUGUAGUGACAAGUCGACUUAUUUACAGCAGGUUUACAGCUCAGCUGGGGGAGUACAAAUGUAUUGCAGAGAGCAGAAGAUUUGAUGGACGUUUUAUUUCGAUCAAGUCUGAAGCUGCUCACAUUCGAAUGCCAGCUUCCAUCGUCACUGUUAAUGAGACCAUAAUGGUAAGGUGGGGCCGUCCUGUCUCGUUUCGUUGCAAAGCGAUCGGUUAUCCUAUUCCAACCAUCACUUGGUACUCUUCCAAUACAUCUCGCGUAGUACGAAGUGAUACCGUGGGAAGCACUUGGCGCGAAAGCACACUACAGAUUGCCUCGUUUGACGGCUGGCAAGAUGGCGGCGAGUACCGUUGUCGGGCAAGCAAUCGAGCAGGCCUACACGAGACAGCAAUCAUCUCUCUUCAGUUUUUUGACCGCGUUGUCACCAGUUCGCAGUCACAGCUUGUACUCUACGGCAGUACGUUUUCUCUUGCCUGCAGUGUCGUGUCUUACGGACCUAGCAACGCGUCGAUUUUGUGGUUCAAGAACGGACGCCCGCUGAACGUCACUCCUUUCAUCGAUGCGACCGCUCGCGGAAUGAUGUGGAAGCGAACGUCUCGUUUGGUAAUAUCAGCAGCCUCAUUAAGUAUUGCAGGCAACUACUCAUGUUCCGAUCCAAGAAAUCACGUGGCGACGGUGAACGUCGGUCCUUUGUUCCUGGAGGUUCCGAUGAAUAAAUCGGUUAUGGCGGGUGAUAGUGCGAUACUGCAGUGUCGUGUAUUGGCUGUGCUCGGAUCGGAGUUCAGAUGGGAGGCCGAGAGGGCUCUUGGAGACAGCAUUCAGGUUGUUACAACUGCCGGAAGUGAGACGAAGGCAUUACUUGUUUUUCAAAAGAUCGCACUUUCUAAAGCGGGAUGGUAUCGCUGCGUUGCGUUGGUUCCGGAUCCAGGAACUGGAAUUCUGAGGAGAUUUCCGUCUAGCGUCGCCUAUCUCACCGUUGUAGACAUGAGUCUGUCUACAUUGAGAGCAACGCGAAUGGUUACGGUGCGGCUGCUGGAUAGGCGUUCAGUGCUAGUCGGUUGGACUAAACCAGACAAUAUUUUUGAACCAAUACGACAGUACAAGGUACGUUAUGAAGGCAGCAAGUGGUACAACCUCAACAACCAACGCUAUUUCGUUCAUAUCAACAACACACUGACAUUGAACGCAUCAGUCCUAGAAACUCGAAUCGACGAUCUUCUAGCCGACGUCCGUUUCACUAUUACAGUCGCCACGUCAACACACACAAACGAGCAGUGGAGCAUACCCGUAUAUGUGACAACACCAAUCGACGUUCCUGAAGUUCCACUCUUGCCGUCAGACAGUUUGUCCAAUAAGCAUCAAUCGAUCGCUCUGUCGCAACCAUCCAACAUUAACGGCCCUAUCAAAUGCGUUCAAUUACUAGUAUCUAUCCUCUCGUCUGGUGACAAUGUUAAUGGUAUUGACUUCACGUCGCCCGUUUCGUUUCGUUACACCGACAGCCUUUCUCAGAGUGUCGUCUACGUCGCCGCGCAGUUUGAUUACGACGACAUUCCGUUUUCGAUAACGAUCGGCGACGGUCGCGUUUACGGUGGAUAUUACAACGGUCCCAUCCUACCCAACACGCGAUAUGCGUACGCACUGAGAGCGUAUAGCUCUGACAACAGAAAGGUUUUGUACAGCACCAGCUUGCCUUUGCAAUUCAUGUCGGAAAUGGUGGAAUCAGAGAGCUCAAAGUGGCUCGUUCCAGUUGUUGUCGUUUCUGCUGUAUGUAUCGCUUUCUUCUUUAUCGUCAUCUUUUUUACUGGCUUGGUUAUGUCGUUGAGGCGAGAUCGCAAUAGACGGAUUGUGGCCAUGGACCAAGAAGACAAAGACGUUCAGUUGGUCGGUGGCAAUCUUCCUGUGAGCAGUGUGACCGACGACGUCGAUCUUGACGAGGCAAGCGUCGAGUUCGAUGCGAGACCGCGAGUUUUGGCGGGCGUCGACGGCUUUCGACGUUCGCAUGUCGAAGAAUGCCUCACCGACGAAGACUUCGACUUUCUAGACGAGAACGACAGCGCCAUUAAUGAUGACACGCUGACAACGGAUACGGGAUCGACCACGUUUGAUUUGUAACUCAUACGGGUCUUCCGUAAUUCGAGUCUGUUAGAGACAUAGGUGUCAAGGAUGUUAGACAAUUAUUAAGCAAUGUAUAGAUAGAUAAAGUAAUCAUUGUGGUAUUGUAGUAGUAUAGAUAUGGUCAGUAUUCUGGUUUGGUGUUAUAUAGUGUUGGGACUGCUCAUGUUCGGCACUUGCUAAUUGCAUUAUCUCUUGGUUUGAAUUCCAU